GCCGGCUCAGUCGUUGUGCGGGAGUGGUCACUGAGGGAUGUGUGUUGUUGUAAUUGAGUGACUGAAAACCGGCGUAGUUUUUCGCAUACAGUUCGUUCACUGUUCUCCACCCUCCCUUCAAUUAAAUACAGACUGAAACUAGUCAGUUUUAUCAAUAAAAGAACGUUAAUACGCGCGUGAAUUCGAGUUCGAUCGCGUGUAUUUAUUUAAGUAUUUAUUGUACAAAAGACUCUUUUAACAUAGCUGACACAAUGUCCGUGGACAAAGAAGAAUUGGUGCAGCGCGCGAAGCUUGCCGAACAGGCAGAGAGGUACGAUGACAUGGCAGCGGCAAUGAAGGCCGUCACCGAGACGGGAGUCGAAUUAUCAAAUGAGGAAAGGAACUUGCUCUCGGUCGCAUACAAGAACGUCGUCGGAGCGAGGCGUAGCUCGUGGCGAGUAAUCUCAUCAAUUGAGCAAAAGACCGAAGGCUCCGAACGUAAACAGCAGAUGGCUAAGGAAUAUCGGGAAAAAGUCGAAAAGGAACUCCGCGAGAUCUGCUACGAUGUUCUGGGUCUCCUCGACAAGUACCUGAUACCCAAGGCCAGCAAUGCUGAGAGCAAAGUAUUCUACCUCAAAAUGAAGGGAGAUUACUACAGGUAUCUAGCAGAAGUUGCCACUGGUGACUCCAGAAAUGCAGUAGUUGAGGAUUCACAAAAGGCAUACCAGGAGGCUUUUGACAUUGCAAAAUCGAAAAUGCAGCCAACACAUCCUAUCAGGCUUGGACUAGCCCUCAACUUCUCCGUUUUUUAUUACGAAAUUAUCAAUUCCCCGGCAAGAGCUUGCCACCUGGCCAAACAGGCGUUCGAUGACGCGAUCGCGGAACUGGACACAUUGAACGAAGACAGCUAUAAAGAUUCCACGUUAAUUAUGCAGUUGUUGCGCGACAACCUCACUCUCUGGACCAGUGACACGCAGGGUGAUGGGGAUGAACCACAGGAGACCGGCGACAACUAACCCUCCUAAGCUUAAGUCCUAUCCUUUCUAAUCUAAUAAGAAACAUCCUAUUCUCUAUCGUCCCCCGUCCUUUCAAGAGCUCACCCCACUUACCUACCACUCAACAAUCCAUCCACCCACCAUCUGUCGUUUUGUCCUUCGUGUAACCUAUUCCUUUAUUAUUAUUAUUUUUUUCGUUUCCUUCCCCCCCUACUACAAAAUACCUCCGAAUUUUCCUCCUCCCUUCCAUAUAUUUUUUUUUCUUUUACACUCUCUUGUGAAAAUUGUCCUCUUUCUUACUCUUUCUCUCUCUCUCUCCUGACACAAUUGCACGUUGCCGCCGAUUCCGACGUAAUUACUCUGCCUGUUUCCGAAUCCAAUAAUCCUCCAGCUAAUCUUCAAUUCGAAGCAAAAGAAGUAGGACUUCCGUCAUCGUUUUCCUCUUCGUCUCAUUUUUACUGAGGAUCAUCGACGACAAAUGAAGAGAGAAGCUUAAAUAUGGCACUAUUUAAAAAAAGAAAAAAAAAUGUAAACAAUGGAAAAUUCAUUUUUUUCAACUCGAGACAAAAAUUACAUGCAAUUUUUGUACAUAUCCCAAGAAUAUGAAAACUCAGAUAUUUUGGAAGAUUAGAAUUUUUACUUUCCUUACUCCUUGAGUGCUUUCCUUUAAUAUAAAUGUCUGUCGUAAGGAGAGUAUUUAAAAAAAAUCCCCAUCCAAAAUUAUUUGAGUUUCAAAUUCAUUUCAUUUUAUACAAAAAUCACAUGUCUUGUCACGAUCUCACUAUUGUUUAUAUCUAAUUUUUUUUGUCGAAAUUUGCUUCUCUCUUUCAUUGUAAACAUCUAUUCACAACACAUUGUUUUUUUUCGUUCAAUCAGACUUCCGAUGUAAUUUUUUUUAGUUCUCGUCAUUUACCGGCGUCGUUAUUUUGUAAAACUAAUUUAGUGACAAAGUAAAGGAGAUUGAAUCCUGGAAGAAUUGUUGUUUUAAAAAGCACGUCGAAAAAAAAUUCCGCAAGUUGGAAUCAAAUUUACAGGUAUAUUAUAUAUAUAUAUUAUAUUUAUCCAAAGAAUGGAUGGUUAAAAAAAAUAUCUUUAAGAUUAGUUUUACUUUUUUUUUGUUUUUUUGUUUUGUCAACUGUACAAUCGUGAAAGUAUAAAAACAAAAAAAAAAAAUUUUAAACGUUUGUAAUUUAUCAUUGUCUCAGUAUUUUGGUUGUGCAUUUUUCUCAGGAAACAUUGUUUUUCUGGUCUAAAAAAGAAUGUCCAGAUGAAAAAGUUUCUUAUAUAUAAAAAAAAGAAAAAAAAGAAUGUAAAUUGGUCAAAAAUUUUUUUCGUUCAUGAGCAUUCCAAAGUAAAGUAAAAGAAAAAAAAACAAGUAAAACUUGAAAAAGCUCACUACACCCGCCAAAAUAUCCUCAGAGAAGACCUUUUUAUGAGAAGUUUCAUCUGAUUCUCUAGUUAUUAUAUGCGUAUACAUAUUUCACUAUAUGUAAAAAAACGCGUGUGUGUACUUACACACUAUGUAUAUUACAGGAGACAAAAAAAUCUAAUUAUUGAUAUUACACGUUUUGCUGUCGUGUUGAUAUUUUUUUUUCGAUGUAUCGAUGUCAGUCGCAACAAGAGAUCUCAGCAGAGAGCAAUGCACAAUUUCAGAAAAAUACAAAAAUAAUGUCAUUGACUAAAAAUUAAAUCGUUGGUAAACGUUGCUCGAUGAGGAGGAAGAACAAAUACGUUACAGUAACCUUCGAGGAUUCUUUUAAGUAUUUUGUCAUUUUUUAAAAAAUUUUUAGACACUCAAUUUGUGUCGUUAGGAGAGGGGGGUCAAUUGAAGGGUUGAGAAUAUUCGCGUCUUCGAUUGUACUUUUUACGUCGUCCCCCCCUUGGUAUAAUUAAUCUCCUUGUGAAAAUCCCUCUUAUUGGAGUUCUCAAUUAGUCAUUUCUCCAAAAAGAGAAAAAAAAAAAAAUAAUCUCGAGUUUCACGCUCGAACGACGGAAGAGCAAAUGCACACAAUUUAGCGGCAAGGAUUUCGCGCCUGUUACGUAUAAACCCAGUGUUGUAUUGGAAAUAAUGAAUUUUUUUUAUGUAUAAUAUAUUGUAUAUUCAAUUUUUUAUUUUAUACUUUUCAAACUUCUUCCAACGAGAGACGUGUCGAGUGCGUUUAAAUAAUAAUAUUUGACAAAUUGAGAAUUUAUCACACGCGCGUCAUUCUUUUUUUCCGAGUCGACUCUACAUUUUUUUUUGCAUCACGCGAACCCUUUCCACCUCGACACAAAACCAACGACACUUAUAUCCCUACCCCCCCAUUCAUCCUCGAUUAUCCCUCGUCCCAAAUUACGUUAUUCUAUUUGUAUUUAUCAUCAAACCAUCGUAAUUGUAAAUUAUAAUUAUUAUUAUAAACGUUUACACGAAAUAAUAAAUUCUGAUAAAAUGUCUGAAAAAAAACCAUAA